AUGGGAGCAGUGAAGAACCUUAUGUAUUAUUUGCUUCCAGAUGAAGGAUAUGAAAUUGAUGAUGAUUAUGAUGAGAAGGGAGAGGAGGAAGAGAGUGUUGUUUUCAGACAGAGAACAGAUCUAGAAAGUGGUCCACUGGAUGAGGCAAAGCAACCCGAGUUCAAUGGGAUUGGACAUAUUUGGCAAAAGAAGAAACAACACAAGUUAGCAGAGUGUCUGGCUGAGUUGUUAGUGCAGAAGGACUUCUCAUGGCAGAUUUCUUUUCAUUCAAAUUUUCAACCAUUGAUUGUGUUGCCAAUUCUUUCCUCCAAACUAGACAGAAUAAAAGAAAUUCAGCUGAUGAAGGAGAAACGCCAGUUAGUUGAAAUAGCUCAUUCUAGAAUCAGCAAACCUUUGCUCAAGGAAUCCAUUUCCGAAGCAUCCCAUUUUAAAAACUACACACCUCUUCUCAUGGCAGCCGGUUCAGGAAUCAUAGAAAUUGUUGAAAAAAUCAUUGACAUGAAUCCUGAGGCUAUUAGUCAUGUUAGCCAGGAUGAACACAAUGUUCUACACAUGGCUGUGAAGCACCGGCAGCUUAAAAUCUUCAAUCUGAUAAAGAGAAAUUCUGCAUUCAAAUCAUUGAUACACAGGAUAACCGGGGAAGGUCGCACUCUCUUGCACCAAGUUGCUAGAAUGGAGUUUUACAAAGAGCAACGGCUCCCUGGCGUGGCGUUCCAACUGCAAGACGAGUUGCGUUGGUACGAAAGAGUGAGAAGGAUUGUUCCUCCUCACUACUUAAUGCAUUGUGACAAAGAUGGCCUAACUGCGAAAGAUGUUUUGGAAAUGGAGCAUCAGGAUAUGCACAAAGAGGCAAAGUCCUGGAUAAAGGAGACAGCUCAAUCAUGCUCCACCGUAGCAGUUCUCGUUGCCACAGUUGUCUUUGCAGCAGCCUACACAAUCCCAGGUGGGAGCCAAAACGGCACGCCAGUGUUCUUCGGCUCACGAGUCUUCCUCUUCUUCACUAUCACUGAUGUUGUGGCCCUUGUGAGCUCACUUGCCUCAGUGGUGAUGUUCCUUUCAAUCCUGACAUCACCGUUCGAGCUAUGGGAUUUCUACAAGUCCCUCCCAAGAAAGCUCAGCCUGGGAUUUGCAUUGCUGUUCUUCUCGUUGGUGUGCACAAUGCUGGCAUUCAGCGCAACCGUUUUGCUGACGAUUCGGUUGGAUAACAAGGAAUGGACUUCUAUUUUGUUCUAUUGUGCUGGAUUCCUUCCUGUGGCUAUAUUUGCAUGGAUGCAAUUCCCACUCUAUAAGACUCUUCAAAAGUUAGUUAGGAGGCUUUGCAACGGUGUUAAGCAGUUGGUGCCAACUACAUUGAUCAAUUGUUUCAAAAGACACAAAAGUUAUUAA